GGUAUCCAUAUCCUGUGUGGAAAAAUCGCAUUGGAAAAUCAAAGUUACGUGUUUAUCUCACGUAAUAUAGAUUUUUUUGUUAAUUCAACUUGAGAGUAUGUCGGCGAGGGUUAUUAGAAAUGAACUGUAUCCUGACUCAACCGUGACACUUGCACUCUUUAAAAAUGUUGACAAUGCGAAAGAACUCCGGCAGUGUGUAAUGACCGGGAAAUUCGAGGCAGCGCUGUUGAAGACUUCUAUGAUAAUUGAUCCAUUCCAAGUGAUUGUGGCUGCAAACAGAGCGGUACAUUUAAACAAAGUCAACAAGAUGAUGACGAAGAAUGUUCACACAGAAAUUCUGUUCAGUUUAUCACCCACCAAAAAUAUUUCAGAAUCCUUCAGAAAGUUUGGCCUUGCUGACACUGACAGAAGUGUUGUGGUAGCCAUUAUGGACGACAUUGAUGGAACAGUCCUCAACUCUGUACUUACUUAUAUGCAGGGAGAGCUCAUUGAUGUAGCAGAAGUGGAAUCAUUAGCUGAUAUAGCAUUGAUAAAGAAAAUUUACAAGAUAACUGACACUGAGUUGACGACGUGUUCUCUAUCCAAUGCUAUUGUUGCCAGAAUCUCCAGUAAGGACAUCGUGAUCGUAUGAACUUUAACUGCUAUGGGCGUGCAAAUUAAACACCAAGAGUGAUCGCAUAAUCUUAAACUAUUGCUAACGGCACAGUUAAUGGAUCAGUAAGAAUGAUUGUUUCUUAUCCAAUUCUGUCAUUGCCAAAAUCUCUUGACAUCAUGAGCAUAUAUGUCUGAACUUAAACUGAUGUGGCUGAGCAAACGAAAUGCCAAGAAUGAUUGUAUGAUCUUGAACUACUGCUGACGGCACAGUAAAUGAAGCGGUAAGAGUGAUUGUUCCUUAUCCAAUGCUGUUGUUGCCGAAAUCUCUAGCAAGGACGUUGUGACUGUGUAAACUUUAAGUACCAUGAACGAGUAAAUACAAGAAUGAUUUUAUGAUGUUUAGCUACUGUUAAUAUCAAAGUAAAUGGAUUCCAAAAAGGAUUGUCUGCUGUUUAACUCCAUGUUAAGGAAUGUAAGGAAAAUCAAGAAUGGUUUCAUGAUCUGUUACUGAAGUUAAAGAAUAAAGAAAACAACA